UGCUUUAGUUCCAGAUAGUUGCGUGUCAAUUACUGUAAGUUGACAAAACAAUAUUUUUCAUGUCUAUUGUUCUCAGAUUUCUUCCAUGUAAAUGGAGACGGAUUUCCUUGUUUAGGCCUUCAUUCCAAGCUUGUUGUCCUUUGUAUUCUGCAACUACAACUUCUCCCAAGUAUUACUUUGAUGAAGUUGAAAUUGAGAAAAAGGAAAUUGAUUUCAACCGACUAUUCCCUGUCUGCAAAAAAGUGCACCUUGCUAAGCGACUUCAUGCACUACUUGUGGUGUCUGGGAAGGUUCAGAGCAUCUUUCUUUCUGCUAAACUCAUCAAUCUUUAUGCUUUUCUUGGUGAUGUAUCGUUCGCUCGCCGUACUUUUGACCAAAUUCAGGCAAAAGAUGUCUACACAUGGAAUUCUAUGAUAUCUGCUUAUGCUCGCAUUGGUCACUUCCAUGAAGCUGUAGAUUGUUUCCAUGAAUUUAUGUCAACCUCUAUCCUUCAGCCUGAUUAUUACACAUUUCCUCCUGUUAUAAGGGCAUGUGGAAAUCUAGAUGAUGGGAAGAAGAUACAUUGCUUGGCUCUAAAAUUGGGUUUUGAAUGUGAUGUAUUCAUUGCUGCUUCUUUGAUCCAUUUUUAUUCUCGGUUUGGCUUUGUCAAUUUAGCUCGUAACUUGUUUGAUAGCUUGAUGAUUCGAGAUAUCGGUACAUGGAAUGCUAUGAUUUCAGGGUUUUGUCUUAAUGGUAAAGUUGUAGAAGCAUUGGAAGUCUUUGAUGAGAUGCGAUUCAAGAGUGUAAAUAUGGAUUCUGUAACAUUUUCAAGUCUACUUCCGAUUUGUGCGCAGUUGGAUGAUAUAAUAAGCGGUGUCCUAAUUCAUGUCUAUGCCAUCAAGCUCGGGUUGGAAUUCGACUUGUUUGUCUGUAAUGCAUUGAUAAACAUGUAUGCCAAAUUUGGUGAACUGGGAAGUGCAGAAACCAUUUUCAACCAAAUCGAAGCGAAGGAUAUUGUAUCGUGGAACUCUUUGAUUGCUGCGUUCGAGCAGCAUAAAGAGCCAGUGGUGGCUCUUGGAUUGUACAAAAAGAUGCACGCUACUGGGGUGGUACCCGACUUGUUGACACUGGUGAGUUUGGCUUCUGUUGCUGCUGAACUUGGCAAUUUCUUAAGUAGUAGGUCUAUUCAUGGAUUUGUUACAAGGAAAGGUUGGUUUCUACAAGAUGUUGUCAUUGGUAAUGCAAUUAUAGACAUGUAUGCUAAGUUGGGGUUUAUAGAUUCAGCACGAAAAGUUUUUGAAGAACUUCCUGUCAAAGAUGUGGUCUCAUGGAACACUUUGAUAACAGGUUAUUCUCAAAACGGUUUAGCGAAUGAGGCAAUCGAUGUGUAUCAUUCGAUGAACGAUUAUAGCGAUGCAGUGCCGAACCAGGGCACUUGGGUGAGCAUUCUGACAGCAUACUCCCAGAUAGGAGCAUUGAAACAAGGUAUGAAAACACAUGGUCUGCUGAUCAAGAACUUUCUUUACUUU